GCGGACUAUACGCGUUGGAGAGGGUCCUCCAGCCGAGGUUGUCCGACACGCCGAGGAGGCGCAGUCCACGAGGGGGCUGACAGAAAAGUGAAGAAGAAACAAUAAAAAAACGCCCUCUAAGCGGAAGAUUGGCGAGUGGGGAAAUAAAUCCCUCGCUGCUCCGACAAGGAAGAUCUACGCAACCCCCCCUUGGUAUCGCAAAGAUGGGGAACCAGGGAAUGGAGGAUUUGAUUCCUCUGGUGAACCGCAUGCAGGAUGCCUUCUCCGCCAUCGGCCAGAACUCCAACCUGGACCUGCCGCAGAUCGCCGUGGUGGGCGGCCAGAGCGCCGGGAAGAGCUCGGUGCUGGAGAACUUCGUCGGGAAGGAUUUCCUUCCCCGGGGUUCGGGCAUUGUGACUCGCCGUCCUUUGGUUCUGCAGCUGAUGAACUGCCCCACAGAAUACGCUGAGUUCCUUCACUGUAAGGGCAAAAAGUUUGUGGAUUUUGAUGAGGUCCGACAGGAGAUCGAGGCAGAGACCGACCGCAUCACCGGGGCCAACAAGGGCAUCUCGGCUGUGCCCAUCAACCUGCGCGUCUACUCCCCCAACGUGCUGAACCUGACCCUGGUGGACCUGCCGGGGAUGACCAAAGUGCCCGUGGGUGACCAGCCCGCGGACAUCGAGGCCCAGAUCAGAGAAAUGCUGAUGCAGUUCGUCACCAAAGAGAACUGCCUGAUGCUGGCCGUCUCCCCGGCCAACUCUGAUCUGGCCAACUCCGACGCUCUGAAGAUCGCCAAAGAGGUCGACCCUCAGGGCAUGAGGACCAUCGGCGUGAUCACCAAGUUGGACCUGAUGGACGAGGGGACAGAUGCAAAGGACAUCCUGGAGAACAAGCUGCUCCCGCUCAGGAGGGGUUACAUCGGUGUGGUGAACAGGAGCCAGAAGGACAUAGAUGGCAGGAAGGACAUCAACGCCGCUAUGACUGCUGAGAGGAAGUUCUUCCUCUCCCACCCGUCAUACAGACACCUGGCUGACCGUAUGGGGACUCCCUACCUGCAGAAAAUCCUCAAUCAGCAACUGACCAACCACAUCCGGGACACGCUGCCUAAUCUGCGGGCCAAACUGCAAAGUCAGCUUCUCUCCAUAGAGAAAGAGGUGGAGGAAUACAAGAACUUCAGACCCGACGAUCCGUCCCGCAAGACCAAGGCUCUGCUCCAGAUGGUGCAGCAGUUCUCUGUGGACUUUGAGAAAUGCAUAGAGGGCUCCGGGGACCAGAUUGACACAGCCGAGCUGUCAGGGGGGGCCAGGAUCAAUCGCAUCUUCCACGAACGCUUCCCCUUCGAACUGGUCAAGAUGGAGUUCGAUGAGAAAGAGCUCCGCAAGGAGAUCAGCUACGCCAUCAAGAACAUUCACGGAAUCAGAACUGGCCUCUUCACCCCGGACAUGGCCUUUGAGACCAUUGUGAAAAGGCAGAUUGGGAAGAUUAAAGAGCCUUGCGCCAAAUGUGUGGACAUGGUCAUUUCUGAGCUAGUCAUAACGGUUAGGCAGUGUACCAAGAAGCUGGCUCAGUAUCCCAGUUUGAGAGAGGAGAUGGAGAGAAUUGUCACCCAGCACAUCAGAGACAGAGAAAACCGCACUAAGAACCAGGUGAUGCUGUUGAUAGACAUUGAGUUGUCUUACAUGAACACCAACCACGAGGACUUCAUUGGAUUUGCCAACGCUCAGCAGAGGAUCAACCAAAUGAACAAGAAGAAAGCCGCUGGCAACCAGGAUGAGAUCAUGGUGAUCAGGAAGGGUUGGCUGACCAUCAACAACAUCAGCAUCAUGAAGGGAGGAGCCAAGGAGUACUGGUUUGUCCUCACGGCCGAGUCCUUGUCCUGGUAUAAAGACGACGAGGAGAAGGAGAAGAAGUACAUGCUGCAGGUGGACAACCUGAAGCUACGCGACGUGGAGAAGGGCUUCAUGUCCAGCAAGCAGAUCUUUGCCCUCUUCAACACCGAACAGAGAAACGUUUAUAAGGACUACCGUCAGCUGGAGCUGGCCUGUGAGACUCAGGAAGACAUUGAUGCCUGGAAGGCCUCUUUCCUCAGAGCCGGAAUUUAUCCUGAACGGGUCACGGACAAGGAAGGAAAGAGCGACGGCGGCGAUGAAAACGGCUCCGACAACAUAAUGCACAGCAUGGACCCUCAGCUGGAGCGGCAGGUGGAGACCAUCCGUAACCUGGUCGACUCCUACAUGGCCAUCGUCAACAAGACCGUCCGCGACCUGAUGCCCAAGACCAUCAUGCAUCUCAUGAUCAACAACACCAAAGAGUUCAUCAACGCGGACCUGCUGGCCCAGCUGUACUCGUGCGGCGACCAGAACACGCUGAUGGAGGAGUCCCAGGAGCAGGCCCAGCACCGUGACGAGAUGCUGCGGAUGUACCACGCCCUGCGGGAGGCCCUCAGCAUCAUCGGCGACAUCAGCACAUCUACCAUAACCACCAACAUGCCGCGGCCAGGGGACGACUCUGGGCUGCAGGGGCAGUCCGUGUCUCCCCCCCACUUCUCCUCCAGGUCUCCAGCCACCAGUCCAACCCCGAACCGCAGAGCACCCCCGGGCCGCCCGGGCUCUCGUGGGCCUCCACCGGGGCCUCCUCCCGCUGGGGGACCCCCCGUGCCGUCUCGCCCGGGGGCUUCUCCGGACCCUUACAGUGGGCCGCCGCCCACUGUGCCCUCCCGGCCGAACCGCGCUCCCCCGAGUGUGCCGAGAAUCACUAUCACUGACCAAUGAGGAGUAACGUGUCUGUCGGAGACCCCCACCGUCUCCAACCCACUAGACCUCUGAGCUCCUCCCUCCCUCUGUCCCUCUGUCCCACCUCUGGAUGGGAGUCCAUGGACAACAACGCCACCUUCCUGUUGUUUUCUGCAACACCCGACCGGUCCUGCUCCUACUUUUCCCUUAAAACACACACACACACAGCGCUGUUUCCCACAGAGAUGCUGAAUACUUGAAACAAACUCGCAUGACUGGCACACAAACGUGCUGCACCCUCGAAAUUUAAACGAAUAAUGUAGAAAAAUAUCAAAGUUGAUUAUCUGUAGAGGUUAAGCGAACAUCUGCAUGCACACUCCUUUUAUACACACACACACAUGUAUGCAUACAUAUUUACAAGCAAAUACAAUUAGAAUAUGUGUUCCUACUAAGGUGCGAGCAAACUACGCAUGACACUUUGCCUGAGUUUCACAUUAUACUCCAGCCUCUUUGAUGGGUAUUCUGCCUGCUGACUGGCUUGUCCUAACUAUCAUUUUCUCUCCUGUUUCUUUUAUGUUUGUCGUUUUUCCUCACUAAAAUCUCAUCAACUCACCUUGUGCUGCCGGUCAUGUGCGAAAAUUGCAGAGUUUAAAAAGAAUGACAGCUAAUUUUGGA